AUGGCUGGAUUCUUUUAUCCUGCAUGGCAAUCCUUUAAGGCGAUCGAAACAGGUUCUCAUCAAUCCAGCAGGCAAUGGUUGGCUUACUGGGUUGUGUAUGCGUCGUUCGCUGUGGUCGAAUUGUUCUCGGACAUAUUGCUGUUCUGGAUUCCUUUCUAUUACGUUCUGAAGCUGGCCUUCCUUUUGUGGCUGUCUCUGCCCCAAUUUCACGGCGCCACAAUCGUUUACGACAACAUUCUGCAGCCCUUCCUUACUACCUAUCAAGGCAAGAUCGACGGGUACGAACGCACACAACUUGACGCACACCUCGCCGCACACCCACCCGUGUCAUGCACCCGUGUCAUGAACCCGUGUCAUGAACCCUUGUCAUGA